CACUUUAAUUAUUAUUUGUUUAUGAAAUUCUCCCUUAGAAAUCAACAUUGUUGUUUUUAAAUAUUGUAAUAUGAAGAAAACUUCAAAAGAUUUAGCUCCACUGGCUAUCCCGCAUGGACCUCCCAUUGAAUCCACCUCUGAAUAUUUUAAGUCACGUAUGGAAACGUCUAGGAUGAUCAAAAAGUAUCCCGUCUGGGACGUAACCAGACCCACACCUCAGGUUUUGAUAGAACAAGCGCGACGAGACUUAGCGGAGGCUGAUCAAAAACUGGCAAUAAAGAGAGAGGAAGAAAAAAACAAUCGUUCUACCAUGGAUGCAAAGUGGCACGAGCUAAGAGAAAAGGAGACUUUACUAAAAGACUCUUUUAUAAGCUUUAACAAGUUCAUUAGAGAAAACCAGGAGAAGCGUGAUCGAGCCCAGCUGAAAAUGCAAGCUGACCUGGAGAUUCUCGACCGGAAGACGCAGGAGACGGAGGCUAUGAAAGCGAGGGUCGUCGAGAUGGAGGAAGUGAAAGAACUCAUGGAAAAACAAGUGCAGGACUAUGCGAUAUAUGAGGACUACCUUAUGUCAGUUGUUCAGGACUAUCCAGAAUUCAAGCAACCCUUAGAUGUUCUUAACCGAUAUGAAGCUCUCGCUGCAGCUAAAACCACGUUAGCUGAGCGACAAGAGCGAGAUUUGGAGAUGUUAGAGGAUGCAAGGCAGGAGAUCGCUGCGCUCACUGAAGAAAAGAAACUUUCCAUUAUGGGUCUUAACAACGUCCUUGCUGACCUACGAUGGCGUUAUGAUAAAGCAAGGAAUCGGGUGCUAAAAUGGGAACUAGCAUUGAACAGGCUGAAGGAGACAGCAGCCAAGCGCCACGUGGAAUUAUGCCAUGUGAAGUCCGCAAUUUGGAGUCUGUAUGUGAAGAUUUGCAAGCAAAAAGGUCUUCCGAUAGACAUAAAGCCGUCUGAUUUUGAACAGCAGCUCGUGGUUAUUAUGCGAGCCUUGAUAGAACUACGGCGAAUCUAUCAGAUUGCUCAACGCCGCUCCAAGGAAAAAGAAGGCGAUUUGAAAAAAACAGCUUAAAGUUGUCGGAAAAUCCGAAUUACUUACGUCUACUUAAAAUUAAACAAUAUAUUUUUGUA